UGCAGAAAAGCCAAUCCCACGUUAGAUUACAUCUCAACUUCAGAUGAACUGGUUACUGGUGUGUACAGCUGGAGUUAUUAUUCUGUGCUUCUUCCCAGUGAGUGACACGGCUGCUGUAGCCUAGAGCUCAGAGAAGCACAACGCUGGAUUCCUGUGUUCAGCCGGCGAAGCUGCAGUGUAACUGCAAUGGAGGAGCCUGUGAUUGGGAUUACUUGCAUUGUCUUCUGCUUUACGCUCGUUCUUCCAACGCAUUCUCUCUACAUUUCUGAAGGCAAAGAGUCCCUUUUGCAGAAGAUAGAAGAAUACAGCCUUGUAACACCAAUCAGUACAGAUUCAGAGGGAAAUUUUCUAUCACAUUCAGUGUCAAAAAGACAAAAGGCUCGUUUUCAAAGGGACGUUGUGAAUACCAGAAACGGAUCAAGUGAUAAUAGAAUUUAUUAUAAUGUUACUAUUUUUGGUACAGAAUUUCAUCUAAGGUUAAAAGUGAACUCUAAACUAAUUGCACCUGGAGCAACAAUAGAAUGGGAGGAAGAUUCCAAUGUGCUGGAAAUAGAAUCACAGCAUAGAAACUGUCUAUAUGUUGGGGAUAUAACAGAUCUGCCGAAUGCUUCUGUUGCUAUAAGCAACUGCGACGGACUGGCUGGCAUGAUUCGCACAGACAAGGAUGAAUAUUUCAUAGAGCCAUUGGAAAGAGAUGAGCAGGAGGAGGACAGUGGUAGAACGCAUAUUGUGUAUCGCAGAUCGGCUAUCCUAAAACCUUCUCCAAGUAAGAACACGGACUCACUGCAUAAUGAGCAUGGCCAACUUAACCCUAAUAUUCUGGAAAAUAUGGUCGACAGUAUUGAAAAUCGAAUCAACAGUACCCAAAAAAGAAAUCGUAGGCACACAAGUGACAAUGAUUACAACUUAGAAGUUCUGCUUGGAGUGGAUGACUCGGUUGUACGAUUUCAUGGAAAAGAAUAUGUACAGAAAUAUCUUUUGACACUUUUAAACAUUGUCAAUGAAAUCUACCAUGACGAGUCAUUGGGGGCUCAUAUUAAUGUUGUUCUUGUGAGGAUAAUAAUGUUGAGCUACAGCAAAUCCUCCAGUUUAAUUGAAGUUGGAAAUCCUUCACAAAGUUUAGAAAAUGUGUGCCGCUGGGCUUAUUUACAACAGAAGCCAGAUACUGGACAUGCUGAAUACCAUGAUCAUGCAAUAUUUCUCACAAGGCAAGAGUUUGGUCCCACUGGUAUGCAAGGCUAUGCUCCCGUUACAGGAAUGUGCCACCCAGUGAGAAGCUGCACACUAAAUCAUGAGGAUGGAUUCUCUUCAGCUUUUGUAGUAGCUCAUGAAACCGGUCAUGUUUUAGGAAUGGAACACGAUGGGCAAGGAAACAGGUGUGAAGAUGAAGUCAGAAUGGGAAGCAUUAUGGCUCCGCUUGUACAAGCUUCAUUUCAUCGUUUUCAUUGGUCUCGAUGUAGCCAGCAAGAGCUGAACCGUUAUUUAAAUUCAUAUGAUUGCCUGCGUGAUGAUCCAUUUGCACAUGACUGGCCUUCUCUUCCUCAGCUGCCAGGGAUUCAUUAUUCUAUGAAUGAGCAAUGCCGCUUCGAUUUUGGUAUCGGUUAUAUGAUGUGUACAGCUUUUCGAACUUUUGACCCCUGCAAGCAACUAUGGUGUAGCCAUCCUGACAAUCCGUACUUCUGUAAAACAAAGAAAGGUCCUCCAUUGGAUGGAACAAUGUGUGCACAAGGAAAGCAUUGCUUUAAGGGUCACUGCAUUUGGCUAACUGCUGACAUUCUCCGACAAGAUGGAAACUGGGGACAAUGGAGUAAAUUUGGCUCCUGUUCUCGGACUUGUGGAACGGGUGUGAGAUACAGAACAAGGAGCUGUGACAACCCUCACCCAGCUAAUGGAGGUCGUUCAUGUGUAGGGCCAAGCUAUGAGCUGCAGCUCUGCAGCACUGAAGAUUGUGGCAAAGAUUUUGAGGACUUCAGAGAGGACCAGUGCCGACAAUGGGAUCCAUUCUUUGAAUAUCAGAAUACUAAACAUCACUGGCUUCCAUAUGAGCAUCCUGAAGAAAAAGAAAGAUGUCAUCUUUACUGUCAGUCAAAAGAAACUGGAGAUGUGGUGUAUAUGAAAAAACUAGCUCACGAUGGAACCCAGUGUUCGUAUAAGGAUUCUCACAAUAUUUGUGUUCGAGGUGACUGUCUGAAAGUUGGUUGUGACAAAGUAAUUGGUUCAACAAAAAAAGAAGACAAAUGUGGUGUGUGUGGUGGUGAUAACUCACAUUGCAAAAUCAUCAAAGGAACAUUCACAAGAACGCCUAAGAAAAAAGGUUAUGUUAGGAUAUUUGAAAUUCCAGCUGGUGCACGCCAUUUACUCAUUCAAGAAACCGAUUCAUUUGCUCACAAUAUUGCUAUUCGAAAUCAGGCAACAGGAAGGUUCAUAUUAAAUGAUGAAAAUGAAAGUUUACAAGAUUCCAAAGUAUUUGUGAAAAUGGGUAUUGAAUGGGAAUACCGAAACGAUGACAACCGGGAAACCGUUCAGACCAUGGGGCCUCUGCGUAAUUCAAUUGUCAUUCUUGUAAUUCCUCAUGGACAUGUGAAACUGUCAUUGUCCUAUAAAUACAUGAUACAUGAAGAUUCCUUGAAUGUAGGUAACAACUACGUUCUGGAGGAGGAAGUUAUUGAGUAUGAGUGGGCUUUGAAGAAAUGGUCUCAUUGUACCAAACCUUGUGGAGGAGGUCAUCAGUUUACAAAAUAUGGCUGUCGAAGAAAAUCGGACCAUAAAGUGGUGCAUAAGAAGAUGUGUGAAUCUAUUCCAAAGCUAAAACCCAUUCGUAAAGUAUGCAAUCUACAAGAAUGUUCACAACCCAUAUGGAACACAGAUGACUGGGGGCCAUGUUCUACGACAUGUGGAAAAACAGGCUAUCAGAGUCGCACAGUACGGUGUAUUCAGCCAGUAAAUGACAAUACAAGUAGAUCUAUACAUAGUAAAUACUGCAGUGAAAAUCGCCCAGAAACAAAAAAACCUUGCAAUCGUCAACCAUGCCCCUCUAUUCAGUGGAGAAUAGGGCCAUGGUCAGAAUGUACUGUGUCCUGUGGCAAUGGAACACAAGAAAGACAAGUUCUUUGUGGUUCAAAUGACAAAAAGGCUGUUAACUGUAGCAAUGAUAAACCUGAAACCACACGGAUUUGCAGACUUCCUUUAUGUCCUGGAAAUUCAUCUGAUCCACUAAAGAAGAAUUAUGUUGUGCAGUGGCUGUCUAAACCUGAUGGAGAUUAUCCAACCAAAACAAAAUCUUCAAAAGACAACUGCCUGGGAGAUAAAUUAGCUUUUUGUCGUUUGGACUUACUGACUCGUUACUGUUCAAUGCCUGCUUAUAGCAAGCUGUGCUGUAAAUCCUGUAAUUCAUCUCAAGUUUCAAGUGACCAAAUUGUUCAAAAAAACAAUAGCAUUGAGAGUCUUCCACCUUCAAUUCCAACACUUCCAAGUAUUUCUUCUACUUUGUUACCUACACCUGCUUACAACAUAAUUGUUUCACCUAUCAAUGUAACUGAACGUCAGCAAGACAAUAACAGAGUGGACGUGCCAUACAAAACCAAUAGGCUUGACAAUGAAGUUCCACAGUCGAAUAUCCUACCUCGAAGGAGGUCCAUCUUUGAAAAGACAAAAAACCAGAGAAUUCAGCAAUUGAUUGCAGAGAAAUUUCAAGAAUCAAAGAAGAAGCUACAUUAAUUUCAUUGCUCAUGUAUUACUUGCAUUUUUAUAGGAAAAACAAAAUCAUAUAAAUAGCACUAUAACAGAACGACAGACUGUCUUAUUUUUAAACUAUCACAAUUAUACAGUUUUGUAUAAAUUCACAAUAGCAUCUUCUGGACAUAGACAUUUUUCAGUAACAGUGGACUCGAAAAUCAAUUGCUGUUUAAUUAUUGGAUAACACUUGCCAAACAUUGAUGGUGCUUUUUCUCUAAUCAGAAUCAGUUUGUGCACUUUUACAUAUAACAUUUAUGUCAAUAUCACAUUUCCAUAUACUGUAGCAUUUCGGUUCAUAUCGCUAGACUGUAGUAAUGUAAAAGUAGAAUGUUUUGCAGUAGUAAAUCUAAACGUGCUCUUUAUUUUAAACCACUUAAGUUUUCAAGUUACAUAAUUUUUUAACAAUCAUUUCUAAACUCUAAACAGUCUACUUAAGGAUAAAAUAUGAUCAGAAUUGAUGUUGUGCUUCAGGGGCUGUAAAAAAACAUUUACUAACGACAAUUUGUUGAUAUUGAUUUUUAAAUGUUAAUAAAUGUGCGUUAUGUCCCUGAAACACAAAAUCAAUUUAGAUCGAUUUUUAAUCGAUUAAAAUCGACCUUUAGUAAAUAUACCCCCAUGACUGGAAAUUAACUGUAUGCUUCCCCCUUCCCCCCAAAAAAAUGUUUAUAUUGUCGUGGAAAGUGAAUUAUCACGCCUGGCCUUUGAAUGUCCGGUUCUGUUUACUAUGAAUGUAUGCCCCACAUUCCAGUCACUAUCAUGGGUUAAAAAAGAUAGUAGGAAAUUAAUAGACAAAUCUGUAAAUUGCUUAGAUAAUUUUAUUUUCUCAAAUUAUAUACUACACAGUCCAGUCUAAAUUGUGAGACAUCAACAUGACUGUCAAAAGAGAGCAAGAAAUUGUAUUUCACUAUAAAAUUCAGAAUGAUCACUACUUCAUGUUUGAUUAACGGUGUUACGCACUUGUCUAUUUUUCAUAACUAAAUUUAGAAUUUAUGAAGGGUUAGAAUGAAAAGAAAAACUGGUUGUAACUUAACACCAUUCAUUAUAUAAGCUGGGCUUUUUUGGUCAUGUUGUUAGUGUAAAAACAAAAUUAACACAUUUUAAACAUAACAUUUAAUCGCUCUAUGUUAACACAUACACAGAAUUAUAGAAUACUGUAUGCUCUACAAAUGCUGACAUCAGAUUUGUAUAGUAAAUGUGUGCUAGUUAUCUAAAUCUGUCACUGUGUGCGACAGUAAUAGCGAAUAACUGGCAUGUUUAAAGCAUGGGCAUAAUAAUCGCCCAAUAUUCAGGUUUUUUUUUGUCUUCUGUCUCUUAAUUCUCCUGCAGACUAUGUUUAUCUGGCAAUAUAUGGAAGUAAAACUUUCACAAUCUAGAGUUAAA